AUGCGCGCCUGUUCAAUUAUACGCCGGCGCAUUCAUUCCUCGGCUUUCAUUCCCGCACAGAGUGUCCCCAGUUCGCGACUCUCCCAUCAACUCGCGAGACCCUUCUCCACAUCUCGACCACACCAACCAAAGGAAACCUCUUCCUUUUGGAUCGCAUCUACUCUCCUUACUAUUGGAGGAGGCGCUUGGAUUUAUCAAUACUUAUAUCCCUCCGAUCUCCCGUGCCCGCAGCAACCCCGGCUACCUCCGAACGGCCAAGACCCUUUUCUCAGUGUCAUUGAUACCCUCCAAGCCAUGCCUGUCGAACCAGCCCCGGGCACUGUCGGGACCCUCACUCCAGAACAGGAGGUCAAGCUACGAGAAUUCUGGGUUCUAGCCCUCAAGGUCUUUGGGGUUCCGCUCGACGCCUUGGAAGCCGAGGUCAACACCCCUGGUGAAACCACUCCGUCUAGCUCAGACAAGAAGUCCUCCAAGCGGCGUGGGUGGGGACUGUUUGGCCGGAGCAACGAGGAUGAUGGUGACGACUCUAAGAGCGUGUCAUCUUCUAGUGGCGUCAACUCCAGCGUAGCGGCUAUUAACAUCACCGACGGCGAUGACAAAUACGGCCAGACCAAGGAGUUCCAACAAGCGCUGAAGGAUAUCAAACCCGAGGAGAUCCGCACGGCUUUCUGGAGCAUGGUGAAACAUGAUCAUCCAGAUGCGCUACUUCUACGGUUCCUGCGCGCUCGCAAGUGGGAUGUGCAGAAGGCCCUGGUGAUGUUGAUUUCCACCAUGCGCUGGCGUUUGCUGGAUGUGCAUGUUGACGACGAUAUCAUGGCCAACGGUGAGGCGCUGGCUCUGAAGCAGUCGAAGAGCUCUGACCCUGCAGAGAAGAAAAAGGGUGAGGAUUUCCUGUUUCAAUUGCGCAAGGGUAAGAGCUUCCUCCAUGGUGUAGACCGAUUCGGCCGUCCAAUUUGCGUCGUUCGUGUACGAUUGCAUAAAGCAGGCGACCAGGAUGCCGAAAGUCUAGAACGCUUUACUGUCUACACCAUUGAGACGGCUCGGUUACUGUUGGCUCCUCCGGUUGAGACUGCGACUAUCAUUUUUGAUAUGACGGACUUCUCCAUAGCCAACAUGGACUAUGCACCUGUGAAGUUCAUGAUCAAGUGCUUUGAAGCCAACUACCCCGAGUCCUUGGGUUCCGUUCUCAUUCAUAAGGCGCCGUGGCUCUUCUCCAGUAUCUGGAACAUUAUCAAGGGUUGGUUGGACCCCGUUGUCGCGGCCAAGAUUCAGUUCACAAAGAAUCGUCACGAUUUGGAAGCGGUUAUUCCUCCCGGUCAAAUCAUGAAAGAGCUGGAAGGUGACGAGAAUUGGGAAUACAAGUACCCCGAGGUCCAGGAGGGAGAGAACAGCCUGAUGGAGGACACUGAAACUCGCGACAAAUUGCUCGCUGAGCGCCAGGAGCUCGCCAAGGAGAUUCAGGGUAUUACGAUCGAAUGGAUCAGUGCCGCUUCCAAGAAGGAGGCUGGAGCUCUAUCCGCUGCCAAGGAGAAACGCGCGAGUCUGAUCGACAGACUACGGAAGCAGUACUGGGAACUUGACCCGUACAUCCGAAGUCGCUCCCUCUAUGACCGCCUCAACAUUGUCCAGGGCCAUGGAAAGAUUGAGUUCUAUCCGGAUGCCACGAAGGCGUAG